CGCACACGCCUUGUGCGCCUUCCGCUCCCGAGCCUUGCCGUCGGCGGGGCUCUUCCCUCGCAGCCGUCUCCAGACCAGAGAGGAGUCCGGGGGGCCCUAGCACUUCUCCGUGGGGCACCAUGCCCAACGACGACGGAUUCAGCAAGCCCUCCGCACCGUCGGAGGCCGGGGCACCCCCGCAGGGCAAGGCGGGGGGCUUCGGCAAAGCGGCAGGGCCGAUGGUCCCUAGCGGCGGUGGCGCGGGCGCCGGGGGCAGCGGCGGCUCGGGCUCGGGCUCCGGCUCCGGGGCGUCGGGCACGGGCUCCGGGAGCAAGAAGUCCCCGCGGCUGCCCAAGUGCGCGCGAUGCAGGAACCACGGCUACGCGUCGCCGCUGAAGGGUCACAAGCGCUUCUGCAUGUGGCGGGAAUGCCAGUGCAAGAAGUGCAACUUGAUCGCGGAGAGACAGCGCGUGAUGGCCGCGCAGGUGGCCCUGCGAAGGCAGCAGGCUCAGGAGGAGGAGCUGGGGAUAAGCCACCCCAUCCCGCUGCCCAGCGCUGCAGAACUGCUGGUCAAGAGAGAGAAUAACGGCAGCAACCCGUGCCUGAUGGCCGAGAGCAGCAGCCCCUCGCAGCCGGGGCCGGCCAGCACCCCCACCACUGUGGCAUCAGAGGGACGCAUGGUCAUCCAGGAUAUUCCUGCUGUCACCAGCAGAGGGCACGUGGAGAACACACCUGAUCUGGUUUCUGACUCCACCUACUACAGCAGCUUUUACCAGCCGUCUCUGUUCCCUUACUACAACAAUCUGUACAACUACCCGCAGUACUCCAUGGCCUUGGCCACGGAUUCCUCUUCUGGGGAUGUGGGAAACCCCCUCGGGGGGUCCCCUGUGAAGAACAGCCUCCGGAGCCUCCCCGCUCCCUACGUGCCUGGUCAGCCGGGAAAUCAGUGGCAGCAGAUGAAGAACUCGGAGAACCGCCACGCAAUGAGUUCCCAGUACCGAAUGCAUUCUUACUACCCGUCUCCCUCCUUCCUGGGCCAGAGCAUGUCCCAGAUCUUCACUUUUGAGGACAGCCCCUCUUACUCGGAAGCCAAAGCAAGCGUCUUCUCGCCGCCCAGCAGUCAAGAUUCUGGCCUGGUUUCCCUCUCCAGCAGCUCUCCUAUUAGUAACGAGAGCACAAAGGGGGUGCUCGAGUGCGAGUCAGCCUCGGAGCCUAGCAGCUUCAGCGUUACUGCUGUCAUCGAAGAAGACGAGUGAAUGGUGCCCGAUGCCUUUGGCCUGUCCCUCGGAGUAGCAGGUGUAUUCAUUGAAACACAGGGUUUGUUGUUCUUAUUUUGUCUUGACUCAGGUCCACUUAACUGUUGAGAACCUGUUUGGUUUAUACUCCUUAGAGCUUAGCCCAGAGGCCAAAAUAUAUUGGGAAUAGUUUAGGAUCCAGGACGACCGUCCGAAAGAAUUAGGUGCUUUGCUCACGGAGUUAAAUGGCAGUAUCCCCCACCCCCACUUUUUUGAUAAUACUGGUUUACAUUAUAGUUUUCAGGAAAUGCAGUAAUUCACUAAAGUAAAGAAGGAUAUUUGCCUCCAACUGUGUCCUAAUUAGAUAUUACCUCUGGUUUUAAAAUGAAAUCUUAGGUACCUUAGACGUUUCUAUUUUAGUAUUUUAAUGAAACUGCAAAAAUAUAAACUUAGCCAAAUACAUGAGCAAUGAGAAGAGCAGAGAAACUUAGUGAUUGUUUUAGAAAUCUGCAGCAAGUCAGAGUAAAUGGAAAUACAGUGUGUUUGUGUUGCAGCUGGAAAAGCCUAACCCUACCCCAGCCCACCCCCCCACAUCCAAAACCUGAUUGAAAUACAGUCA